AUGGAGAAGAAUGGGGAGUCGGACUCGAACUUUAUGGCGGUCGAUCCAGUCAGCCCAGCUAGCAGUAACUCUAAAGAAGUUUCAGACGAACCCGCCGCACCUCGUAGAAAUUCCAUCGACGACAACGAUCCUACCCGGCCUCGUAAGCGACUAGCUGCUAUGCUUAUCCAUGAUAAUGCAGACAAUACAAAACAGGCUCUCCCGGCUAAGGAUAAGGUGCCCUACGGAGAAUCCGAGAACGACCCCCGGCAAUCAGAUCAAGCGAUGGAACACAAAAACUAUAACGGGACGACCAGCAAACCUGAUAAAGCAUCUCUGGAAGAUGGAACUUUCUCAUCACCUGUAGCAGUCAAAGGAAUUGGCAACAAGGUUACAAUUCAUCUCCGUACCACACGUCUCCCAGAUACAAAAGAGGAUGGGUUUGAAGAGCCUACUAUUGAUGAUGAUGAAAACGAUGGACUAAGCCAGCUGACACCUACAUCUUCUGGGCCUCCUAGGAGUGUGGGCUCCUUACAGGGUGAAUCUCCAAAUGGUUCGCUAUGUAGCCCGGAGAUUGAGGUUGAAGAAGUUGAGGACAUGGAAGAAGAUGAGGAUCUGGCUGGUCAUAUUGCGGAUGUCGAUCAAUACAUCAAUAGCCCCAUCAUUACUGGAGGUUCCGCUGUGAUCAAAGAUGUUAUGGAUGGGGUUACAUCGAAGCUCGAGAGAGAUCCUAUUCCAUUACGACAAUUGGAAGAACUUGCGCUUACCAUGUCGAGUUUUGUCAACGUUGUGGGCGACCAGAUCGAUAGCUUUUAUAAGCUUUAUCUUGUAAACCAAGACGUUUGGCCCAACUUACCAAACAUGAUGGAGGCCUUACUUAAACGAAGUGAACCCUUUGGGCAAAGCUAUUUUCGCAGGGUGGAUAAAUCAACGCCAGGGCUAGAAGCUAUUAUAUUAGCCCUCGUGGAGUUUGCACGAUUGACAGCACUCUUUCUUCGCUAUGAUGCUUGGAGCUUAGAACAUGCUCUCCCGGAUAGAGAUGCUACUCUUCUAUCAUGGGGGUAUCAGAGAACCCUAUCAAUCAUUAUGAGACCAAAUCAACUUUCUAGCCUUAUGCAGCGUGUCUACAACUUCAAUAUGGUCACAAUUCUACCACGAGUAAUGAGAGCUUUUAUCGACACCCAUGACGGGUUAGGGACAUUGAGGAAAUACGAUGAGUUAAUCCUGCAACGAAUACCACUACAGCCCAAACUUCUAUUUUAUGCGUCACUCCCGUUGGAAAUAUACGCAAAACUCAUUCGAUGUCUCGAGGUUGUGAUAAAAGAAGGCGCUAUGUCAGAAGAUUUGGCAGAAAUCCAGAUAGCUGUUUCAGAUAGUGCCUUUAUGGUUAUGACAUCUGUGGAAAGCUUACUUGCGGGCCUUUUUGAAACGCACCUUCAAUUGCUGAUCAUCAAGGACUUUAACGUGGUGUUGAAUACAUUAUGUUCGCUAGUAACAGCAUUUUAUGGUAUGAGUUCUGCAGAGGCUAGGAUACGGAAACUAAUUGAGGAAAAAAUCGGGAAUGAAUAUGGGGUUAUUGAGGCCAAUGAAUAUCCUAGUCUUGCAGAAUGGUCUUGCAGGUUUCCUUUUCUCUUCAAAAUGCUUACCAGUAAUCGUAUGGACUUUCGACUACAAGGACUGGUAAGGGCUACGGAGCUUCUUGUCAGCGCCUGGAGAGAAAGCUAUGGGAAUGCUACCGACUGGCAUGAUAGUGUUUUAUUGAGGUUUCUGGCACAUUUCAUCAUCGAAAAUAAAAUCGUCGAAUAUAUUAUGGGGCCUGAAUCACACCAUGAACUUAUUCGCCGAAGCGCAAAUAUAACUGGCUUUCUGAUAGUAACCAAUACAACUACGGUGGAUAUUCGACACGCCCUAUGGCAACCAGUCGUUAACAACAAGGAUCCACGAAUAGUGCAAGCUACACUUGCCAUGCAUCAGGAGAUGAUAGGAAAUAUGUCUAUCCCACUUCUUGUUGAAUUGAGCAAGCGGAUCAAGGACAUACCAUUCUCAUCCUUUGAUUCUCACAUGAUGGAGCUUGUGAGCCGUCUGCUAGAGACUAUCAGGACUAACUUUUACCAGCAACAGGUCGUGCAUUUAGAUCCUCCACCCUAUGAAAUGUUGAUCCAGCUUAUUCGGAUGGCAUCCCGCGAAGAAGAAAAUACCACUCCGAGCGGUGGACUUCCACCAUCCACGAUUUUUGAGUUUGCCGGAAAGGAACUAAUGGCACUGGCUGAAUAUGGUCCAGCUGUAGAACUACGCAGAAAAAUUUAUCUUGACUGUAUCAGCGACAUUAAACAAAUGACGUCAAGCGCGACGGGUAGUAUCAAUGUCAUCCAGGCAUUCUUACAGCAAAGACCUCGUAACGUCAGGCCAGGCAGCCCCGGUUACGUCGAGGACAUCGAAUUUCUUAUCAAAAAUCUGAACCUAGCUGAACUACUUGUCAACGAGAUAGCUAGGUUUGUGGAUUCCCACAGCAAGCACGACCAGUAUUCUACACUACGCCGGUUGAAAGCGAGAUUAGAGUUACUUCAGUUUAUUCUAUAUAAUUCGCCUGAAUGUUUGACAGCUCAUCUAGGCGAAAAGCUUUGGACAUACUUAGUUGGGGUAAAGGCGUUAGGAACAUCUGAGAGGGAUGAUGGGUUUGAAUUCUACAUUAACCAUUACUUGAAAAUUACAGUCCAAGCGGACCCUAUUCUAGAAAGUGUAUUCAAGACCUACUUUCCAGCACUUGAUCCUGCUUGUUUCUCACCUAAUGUUCUACCUUUUUGCAUGAAAUCUAUAGAAUAUCUUAACAAACCAACAGGGCUUGAGGAUAAUUUCGAAGAGGAUCGUGUAAACUUCGAGGGCGUUGAACAGUUAUGGCGGAUAAUUCUCAAGGCACCCGACGAUAGGCUGGCUGCUGAGGCCACAUCAUACUUUAUGAAUCUUUACCUAGACACUCCUGCUGUCUAUUCGAAACCUGCAAAGCCUCUAACAUUGACAAUACAUGAUACACAGGAGUUCUUUCGAUCAUUGGACCUUCUUGACCACUUCGUCAAGGGCUACAAAUCACGGCCAAAAUAUAAUCAAGGCUCUCAAGAGGCUAACCAAUCUUCCGCUGUCGAUAUGAUCACAGGUGUGCCCCUAACACUGCGCCUGCGGUGGCAUGCUUCAAAUUUCCAAUCGCCUAUCCAUAGCUUCCAAAUCGGCAAUCUAGACACAGGUCAGGAUCUGCAUGAUCGUAUCGCCAAAAUUGUGGGAGGGGACAAAUAUCGCGUAAUAAUUUCUGGACAGGAAUUCAAACCAUCGCAUGAGCCACUCAAAACCCUCAAGGAUUUUUGUAUUCCAGAUAAUUCUGUCUUGAUAGUCCAAAAAUCACCAGACCAAGGGACGGUUACUGCCAGCUCGAGCGUGCCUUCCAAUCUUAAUGCUCUUCAGAUUGAGAUCAUGAGACAUUUUGAUUCACUUUUUGAAUUGCUUUCUCUCCCAGAGCCACAGGCGACGAAGAUAUGGUUCUUUUUGAGAAAUUUCCCAGUCGAUGAACACAUCAAGUCAAGCAUGAUUUCGGGGCCAUCUUGGUCAGAGACAUUUCCAGCGGAUUAUCCUUAUAAAACUCUUUAUUCUUUGCACGCUUUGCGAACAUGUUUUGAGGAACAAAGACAGCAACAAAAUAGCGACGAAAAAUCAACGUUCAUCAACGAAGCAACUUCUUCUUUACUCAAAACCCUAAUGAAUAACAAUCACGAAUCCAAAGAAUCCUAUGCAAUGAAGACUCGAGCGCAGGUUACAAACGAGAUUCUUGAUUGUCUACGUUUGUUUCUUCAAGAAUCCAUUACAGAGUACGGCUUUUCGCCGUCAUUUCCUAACCCAGAUGAUUUUGUUGAAAGGAUUUUUGAAAUUUUACGUGUUUGCUCUCAAAAGGAGUAUUCACAGUGCCCAGGAUCCGAGUCUUGUGUUGCCAAUGCAUUCAAUGUGUUGCUCAUCGCAUCGAAAAUCGAUUCAAAAGUAUGGUCAUCUCUGACUCAAAAAUCAGAAUUGAUACAUCAUGUGAACAGAUUUCUCCUGAAAGAUAAACGACAAACGGUUAGGCUAGGCACUGGAGAGGCUAUUAUAGCAACCCUCAAUCGAUAUCUUUCAACCAUUAAACCGACAAGUCAUGACUUCGCGAGAUUCUUUUGGAGCAUUUUGAAGGACAUGUUGGAUCAACCUUGGUUGGACCCAAAAUCUUCUGCAGAGAUGUUCCAAACUGCUCUAUUGAAUUUUAAAUUUCUUAGCGAAGUAAGCCCGGAAUCGUUAGAUAUAGAGACGUGUUUUAAAACGUGGAGCUCGCGUUUGAUAAAAUAUGAAGUGAACGAGGUCGUUGGUUGUUCGAACGAAGACUUCGUGAUUACAGGCUUUACAAGACUCCUUACAAGAUGUGUAUCCCUGGCUAGAAGUCGAGGUAUCCAUGUUUAUAACGACGUGGCCGAAGAUAUCUUUCAGAAUUUACUUUUCCGCCCAAUGGCUACAUAUACUGAAAAUUCUCAGCCCAUCGAGAGUCUGCCGUGUCUCCACGGACCCAGUCGUUCGGAGAUAUACACCCUGGUUAUCCAACUAGUCAAUGAUCCCGAGAAUUGUGUCAAGAUGGUUAAGCACAAUCUACAUCUUUUCCCCAAAGAUCAGUCCCUACAUGAUGGAUUCCAUGCCGAUCGAGGCAGGUGGGCGAGAGCCUUCAUCCUGGAGAUGCCUAUCGACCAAGCGGAUGAGUCUCAGAAACUAAUCCAUUUUCUGAAAGUCUUAUUUGCGAGAAUGCAGAAUAGCUACACGAAGGCAGUAGAACCAAAAGACUUUGUUGAGGCCAUAACAGAUUAUGAGGGAGAACAAAUUGACAUCGCAGUUCAGAUGGAUGUUGAUGAAUUCUUCAAUCUUAUCUUUGACAGACUAGAAGGUCAAAUGCCAUCAAUGGAGCUGAAAUCAUCUUUCAGGUCGCACUAUGGUGGUCAAUUAGUCCAGCAGGUUAAGUCAAAUGAGUGCCCCCAUAUAUCGGAGCGCACUGAACCAUUCUCAGCAAUUCAGUGCGACAUUAAAGGAAAGUCAACUCUUCAAGAGAGCUUAAAGGCUUACGUCGAAGGGGAGAUCAUGGAUGGUGACAACAAGUAUUCCUGCACGACAUGUGACCGCCACGUUGACGCAGUAAAAAGAACCUGCCUCAAGGAUAUUCCGAAUCACCUCAUUUUUCACUUGAAAAGAUUCGAGUUCGACCUACAAACUAUGCACCGUAGCAAAAUCAACGACUCUUUUGAGUUUCCAACUUCUAUUGACAUGAAACCUUAUACAAUAGAAUACUUGAGUGGAGAUGAGAAAAACGGUGAGAAUUCGUCAAGGGAUAUGUUCGAGCUGGUCGGUGUACUAGUACACAGCGGUACUGCCGAGUCCGGUCAUUAUUAUUCGUAUAUCAGGAACCGCCUCUCGCCAUCAGGGGCACCAGAAUGGUUUGAAUUCAACGACUCGGAGGUUUCAGCUUUUGAUCCUUCGACAAUUCCAGCUGCCUGUUAUGGGGGUACUGAUGGAGUAACCAGAGAUGCAAUGGGGCAAACAUAUGCUUUGAGCAAGCCUUAUAGCGCAUACAUGCUAUUUUAUGAACGUUCUUCAUUGUUGAGUUCGUCGACAGUAAAUCAGGAUUCAGCGGUUCAGACAAGACUAUCUAUACCUCGGGAACUUGAGCUGGAGAUACAUAGUGAGAACGAGUAUUUCAUCAGAAAAUAUUGCAUGUUCGACAACAACCAUAUCGAAUUUAUCAGAAAACUAUUAGAUCAGCAGCAGCGUUUGUUCAAAAACUCUAUACCCUACGACCACAUCCACGAGAAGAGAGCAUUAAUACUUGGGUUGGAUACCCUUGAACAAAUUGCUACAAGGUUCAAAGACUCCACGGAGGGAGAGGCACUUUUCAAUAUUUUGAACAUCUAUCUAAUCAACUGUCCUGAAUGCUGUCUGGAAUUCUUCGACUGGUUAUGCCAGAAGGAAGAAGCAAUCACCAAUUUACUAGUCUGCAACCCGUACGGCAAGGCACGGGCAAAUUUUUUGAGACUAGUGAUGUUUGCACUUAACCAGGUUCGGCGAAAAAGACCCGAAGUGUAUGGGCCAAUUGACGAAAGCGGUGACCACGACAUUGAAUAUGAAGAUACUGUAUUAUACAAGCUUUGCACCUCAUUAAUGCGCUCAUGGAAUGGUUUGCAAUGGUCUAUCAAGACGUGGGGCGACUACUUUGGUCUAUUGGCGAGUAUUUCAGCAUUGGGUGAGACCGAGAAAGUUGUUAUGCUGGAUAUGGGGUUUUUGAAGAAAAUAAUGGAGUUACUGUUAAUGGAUCACCUACAGGCGCCGAGAAAGAUGGAAUAUCUGUUUGAAAACUUCGCGAAGAUAUGGGCAAAACGCCGACCAUCGCUCGGGAAUCUAGGAUCAGUCAUGGGCGAACUAAUGAGCUUAUGCGAUCCUCACCUAACGCCGUGUAGGGAUGAUGAAAACCGAACACAUUUCCGCCAUCUUUCGAAAUUUCCCUUGAAUGCUACAGAAUAUGACUAUUUCUCUUUUUCUACAAAAAGUCAGAUGCAGAUACUAUCAAGGCUGCUUGAAUCUCAGACUACAACAGAAAGCAUGGCGCGCCUAGUCGCAAACAUCGUCAAAUCCGAAGUUGCACCAGUUGAAGGCCCUCUUCUUGAGCAGAUUAAGAACACUUUGCUUGCUGGAGUUCCUGUGGACCCUGCACAAGAGGCCGAGCCUUUCCUUAUGUGUCUUCUGUACUUUGUCUCGGUAACCAAAUCUCCGAACUACGUCAGAGAAAUCAUACGAAGAGUGUCAGAUGAGGUGCCCACCAUUGGUACUGAUGGGGGAUCAGAGCAUCUGCUUUUUUUCCAAGAGCUGGCAGUCCUUAAAAAUCUUCACCUCAAGCCAUACCUCAUCAAAUGGCGUAUGAUUGACUAUGUUGCACUUUGGGCACCGCCGCUGUUAACCUAUUGCGAUGCAACCGUACGAGAAAACACUGAAAAGCUUCUUGAUGAUAUUUUAUUUGAUAGUCUUCAAGACGGAGACCGCCCAAAAGCGCGGAAAGGUGUUGAAGAUCUUAUGAAUGGAUGUUUCACGUUCAUUGAAUCGAAACUCCCCAGGUUACGUCAGCCGUGCGACGAGAAAACUUUCGAGAAUGUCCUUCGAGUUCUCGAAAAGUGCGGUGAAUAUCAAGACGACGAAGAAACCUUCAGGGCAAGGAGUAAUGCGUUGAGAUUGUUAAUUGAAAAGAUCAUUCUUGAGGAAGAAGAGGAUGCUGAUCUAGCCUCCGAUGAAUGGGGUGGCUCUGAAAUCGGAAGCGAUACGCAUGAGAUGGAAGUGCAACUCGACGAAUACAACAGCACCUAG